UAUAAAGCGGGACUCACAAAUGGCAAUUCACCGCCACCCCACUUCUCAAAAUAAGAAAAAUAUUGAAUGUUUUAAAAUUGGGGGUACCUUAAAAUCAGAACCCUAACCCUAAUUUCCUUAAAUUUGCCCCCGAUCCCAAAUUCCGUUCAGACGAAACCCAGAAAAUAUCCAAUUUCAGAUCAAAAUCAACAGUUAUGGAAGAUCAUCGAAUUAGCAAAGACGAUAUUAGCAACAACAACAACAACGUUAAUCCGAGGCAAUUGCAGCUAUUCGUUAAACUUGUAAAUGGCCAAACGUUAUCGCUUCAAUUCUCCUCCCCACAAGUCCAAGUCGGUUCCGUCAAGCGUCAAAUUCAGGAAAUCACGAAAAUCCCAAUCAAUUUCCAGCGCCUGAUUCGCGGCCAUCAGCUCAAGGACGAUUCUGUAAUUUCUCACCCCGAUGCUACCCUCAACCUCUCUUUCAGCCUUCUCGGUGGCAAAGGAGGUUUCGGAUCGCUGCUACGUGGCGCAGCCACAAAGGCCGGGCAGAAAAAGACGAUCAAUUUCGAGGCUUGCCGUGAUAUGAGCGGAAGAAGGCUGAGGCACGUGAAUGCGGAGAAGAGGCUGGAGGAGUGGAAGGCGGAGGAGGAAGAGAGGAAAUUGGAGAAGAUGGCCGAGGAUUUUAUAAAGAAAAAGGCGAAAAAUGGGAAAAAAGGGGUUGGAGAUGGAGAAGCCGAGAAGUAUGUGGCGAAGUACAGGGAGCAAUCAGCAAGGUGUGUGGCGGUGGUUGAAGAAUCCGUUAAGGCGGCGUGCCUAGGAAAGCGGAAGGCGGUUCCAGGCGGAGCUGACCCUAAAAGGUUAAAGAUUUGGAUGGGAAAGAGGAAAUUAAAUGAGAGUGAUAGUGAUAAUGGCAGUGAUGAUGAAGAUAGUGAAGAUGACGAGGAAGAUGAAAAAUCUGUAGUUUUGAACAAUGGGAAUAAUUCGGAUUCUAGUAAGGGAACCGAGGGGAGUUCCGGUUCGGUUUAUAAGAGAAGAUCUGAUGUGGAAUUCUCAGGUGGAGUAUCGAGUGAGAGUGGUUCCGAGGAAGAGAAAGACAUUUUUCCACUGCAAAACUCGAAAUCCGGUGGGGAAGAUGUGCUCAAUGUAGAAAAUGAUAAGGUUGAAGUUGAAGCAAUGCAACCCGAGAUACCGGAAAAUAAUGGAACUAAAACCGAAGAUCAGAAGGAAAUAGUUAGUCAGGGUGCCGAUGUUCCAGUUCAAGAAAAUGAAGGAGUCGGGAACAAAUUGAUAGAUAGAGUCAAUGGUUGUUCUGAUGUGAAAUCAGAAUUUCAUGGAGAAACGGUAGUUUCAAAUACUAACGUGGCUAUACCUGAAAAGCCAUUGAACUUUGAUGACUUCAAUUCGCCGCAAGAGAUGGAGGUUCUUGGGUUGGAGAGGUUGAAAUCAGAACUGCAGGCUCGUGGUCUAAAAUGUGGCGGUACUUUGCAAGAACGAGCUGCUCGGCUUUUCCUGCUAAAGUCUAUCCCUUUGGAUAAGCUUCCAAAGAAGUUGCUUGCAAAGAAAUGAAAACCAAUGUUGUAAGGCUUCAUUUAACCUCAUAGUAGUAUUAAGGAGUUUCUUUUUGUCAAAAUAUGAAAUGUGUGCGUGUUUAUAUAUAUCGUGUUCUGUUUAACUUUUAUAACAUGGUACUUGUGAGCUGAAACCUCAUUAUGUAUGGAAAUUGCUUCGAUAAAAUCGAAUAUUGCCAGGGAUAGUUGCACGUUAA